AUUCAAAGCAAUGGGGUGUUUUUUGGUGGAAUUACCCUAAAAUGGAAAACAAGCAGAAGAUAGAGAUGGAGAGGGAGCAGCAGAGGCGAGAAGAAUCCAAGAAGAUAGAGCAAGAACCGCCGUACUAUAUUUCUCGGAUGCAGCCAUUGACAGAAUGUGCUUACGGCGGAGGAAUGUACGGCACCGACGAUAAAGGAGAUCAGGACAGCCUGCAGAUCAAGAAAGUACCUGCGAGCACAACGCAGAGCGCCGAUGGACCAGUUGUAGCGGAAAUGAAGCUGAAGCAUCCGCCUCCGCCGUCCUCAGGCGACAGAGACAUCGAUAUCACCGGGCAAUCGUAUUUCCAGUAGCCUGAAAAGCUCGUGAAGGCUUCCCCGGUCCGGUUGCGUAUUGUAAAUGCGUUUUAAUAAUGGCGAUCGAGAGGUGUAGUUUGUUUAUUCGUGUAAUUUGGUUCGUUUUCUUUACUCGAUUAACGCGUUUCUUAUGGAUCUAUGAAUGAUUGAAACAGUUAUUUCUAAGAGAUUGAGUAUACAACUUAACCUAAAUUAAUAU